GCUGAGGAGGGAGGCGCUAGCAGCCCACGUGACUGUACCAUCCGGGUUUUGCGGCGCAAGCAUUCGACGUCACGUGACUCGGCGGCAUCUUAGUGUCCAAAGGUAGCUACCUAACAUGGCUUCCUUGGCCAUUACGACUGAUCCAAAGUGAGCUAAAGAUUAGGAACCUCGACGAGUCCGGAGUGACUAACGUGCUCAUGUCCAGGCUGAAGCAGAGAAAACACCACCAACCCGAGGUACCUGUAGUGAGCGCUUCCUCCUUCUGUGUUCGCUCUGCCGGCAAAAUCCCUGGGCUGGCGCUUGGGCAUAAGAGUGAAAAGCAGUUAAUGCAGCAGGGGGCCAGUUAAUCUCAGUACUGAUACCAUUUAAAGCUUACACAAAGCCCACCUUGAAAUCCGUCUGCUAAUUUGUGAUGUUCUAAACAUAUGAAUCUUUUUGAAAAGCGGAUAUGAAGAGUGAGGUUUCUUCAGAUGCACCAAAGAGACAGGAGAACCUUAAAGGGGUGCUCCUGAACCCAGAGGCUAUUGGGGCCUCUAAGAGCUUUCCAAAAGAAGUGGAAAUGAUUGCCAGCAAAGUCAGCAAUGAGUUCUCUCACUUGUGCAGUGAUACCAAUAAACAACAGAGAGACUUGAAUAGCAAUGGAACUGAGCAAGAGAAAAACCUUGUGGUUCAUAAAAAAAGGAAAAACCAGCAGGCUGGCACAUCUUAUGCUCAAAGCUGUGAGGUUAAGGAAAACCAGAGACUGUUAAGGCUUCAGCCUCAAAGUGAUGAGGACAAUGAUUCUUCUUUUAGUGACUGUAUCUCUUCUCCUUCAUCAAGCUCACAUUUCGGUGACUCGGACACUAUGACUUCUGAUGAGGACAAAGACAACCCUCGAAGGUAUUCUCCUGCAGGUGUAAAUGCUACUCCUAGAACUCAGAGUGCAAGGGCCCAGAAGUGGCCCCGUCCUCACACAGACUCUGUAUCUAGUUUGGUUAUGAAGCGGCCUUGCUACCAAGUCAGUUCUCUGAGGAGGCCUCUGCACCGUAAAAGAUUUGUGAAAAAUGUCUCUUCCCAGAGAACACAGAAACAAAAAGAACGUAUGAUGUUACAGAGGAAAAAGAGGGAGGUGCUUGCCAGGCAGAAGUACGCCUUACUUCCUAGCUCGAGCAGCUCUAGUGAGAAUGAUCUUAGCAGUGAAUCUUCCUCCAGCUCCUCCACUGAAGGAGAAGAGGACUUAUUUGUGUCUCCUGGGGAAAAUCACCAAGAUGGUACAACUCUUCCUUCAGGUGGAAUGGAUGAGGAUGUUGUUGUCAUUGAGGCUUCCUCUACCCCCCAAGUCACUGCUAAUGAAGAAAUAAAUGUUACCUCAACUGACAGUGAAGUAGAGAUUGUGACAGUCGGUGAAACCUACAGAUCCCGCACCACCCUUGGACACCCCCGCUCUCACUGGGGCCAAAACACACAGUCUGGAAGAACUCAAGAACAAAGGACUCGCAAUAGGGUGUCCACUGUAAUACAGCCUCUGAGGCAAAACACAACUGAAGUUGUGGACCUCACUGUAGAUGAAGAUGAUCCCACCGUUGUGCCAACUACCUCUGGCAGAGUGGAGUCCCAGCCUGUCAGCACUGUUUCCAGUAAUACCUCUACCUCAGAGCCGGCCUCUGAUUCUGCGUCAGGCCCCCUGGGAUCUCGGGGAUCAGCAAUACCUGAGAUCCCUCCCAUCCCUCCUAAUAGUAACACUGUGGGCACCAUAGCAGAUGAUUCCAGAACUAGUACUUCUGGCACCAAUGUAGAUGGUGGCCCUCCAGCAAUGCCACGUUUACCAUCUUGCUGUCCCCAGCACUCGCCGUGUGGAGGAUCCUCACAGAAUCAUGUCCUGGGACAUCCCCAUUCAAGCUGUUUCCCACCACACAGUCACCACUUUCCACACCACCAUCAUCAUCACCAUCAGAGUUCCCACCCAGGAGUUCCUUUGUCUCCUUCCUUCAGGGACUCGCACUGUCCUGUGGAAAGAAAUGCUGCAGUGCCACCACCUUGUGGAGCAACUAGCAGCUCAGGAUCCACCUAUCAUGAUCCACAAGCCUUGCCUGUAGAUUUGAGUAACAAUGGCAUAAGAAGCCACGGAAGUGUUAGUUUUCAUAGUACAUCUGCUUUUGAUCCUUGCUGUCCUGGCUCUUCAUCGCGAUCAACAGUUUAUGGACAUCAGUCCACUACCAGCACUGCUCAGACCAUGGCAAUUGAUGGUUAUGGAUCAAGUAUGGUAGCGCAAGCACAGCCUCCUCCUCCAACUCCACUCUCUUCCUGCAGACAUUACAUGCAUGCUCCUUAUACUUCCCUUACGAGACCUCUACACCACCAAACUUCUUCUUGCCCUCACUCUCAUUCCAAUGUUGGGGAUUAUGUUAUUGCUCAUCAAGUUCCCUUUAUUUCACCUCUUCCCAGCCUCGCAGCCACACAUGCUGUGCCUCCACCCCCACCUUCCCAUCAUCUUUCUACUGCUGCAGCACCUCAGCAUCUUUCCACAUCCCAUCAGUCCAUGUCCCACCAUAUCUCUGCCACAGCACCUGCCACACAGAGAUUGCAUACACACGAGGUCAUCCAGAGGAUGGAAGUUCAAAGGCGGAGAAUGAUGCAGCAUCCAACGAGAGCUCAUGAACGUCCACCUCCACAUCCUCAUAGAAUGCAUCCAAACUAUGGCCAUGGACACCACAUUCAUGUACCUCAGACUAUGUCAUCACAUCCUCGUCAAGGUCCUGAGCGCUCUGCUUGGGAAAUAGCAAUUGAAACUGGAGUGACUGCAGCCCCCUAUCAAACAGGUCCUUUGCAUACUCAUCUAGCUCAUUACCAUGCACCUCCCAGGCUUCACCAUCUGCAGAUUGGGGCCCUUCCUUUAAUGGUUCCAGACAUGGCGGGCUACCCUCACAUCCGCUACAUUUCAUCUGGAUUGGAUGGAAGGUCAUUCAGAGUUCCUUUCAGGGGCAAUUUUGAGGAACUAAUCCACUUAGAAGAACGACUUGGAAAUGUCAACCGUGGGGCUUCACAGGGGACAAUAGAGAGAUGUACUUACCCGCACAAAUAUGAAAAGGUAUCCACUGAUUGGUUCUCACAGAGGAAACUGCACAGCAAGCAAGAUGGUGAGGAAGCUACGGAAGAGGACACUGAAGAGAAGUGUACAAUUUGCCUUUCUAUAUUAGAGGAAGGUGAAGAUGUCCGGCGCCUUCCGUGUAUGCAUCUCUUCCACCAAGUGUGUGUGGACCAGUGGCUGAUCACAAACAAGAAGUGCCCCAUUUGUAGAGUGGACAUUGAUACUCAGCUGCCUACAGAAAGUUGACAUUACCCGAAAACAGCAUUUUGCCUGUUUGCUCCCUUCGGUACUGCAGCCAACCAAAGAUGGCAUGAUUUAACUGCACAGAUGUGAAAGCAUUAAAUAAAUCUGGUGUGCAGGCUCUGCCUCACUAUAUGACUAAUUCUAUAGACUCCGUUUGUAUACAGAUCAUAUUUAGGUCCUUCUUUGCUGGCAGGUUACUUGUAGCAGACAAGGAUUCAUGUAUUUAUGAUUUCCCUUGGUUUCCUUUCCAUUAUUUUUCUUUUACCGUUUUACUUAUUGUUUUUUUUUUUUUUUGUUUUUGCAUGGACUCUUGUAUUGCAUUUCUUUGCACAUAUUAUGGGCUAUGUGACCCCCUUUAAACUUGCAGGCAAGAUCUAGCUGCUCUAGUUGUUAGAAUUGUGAGUGUGCGCGCGCGCGUGUGUGUUUUCACAUAGUACCAUGCUCAAUGAACAUAUAAUUUUAUUCAUUACUAACAGUGACGUCCUUUAAUUUAAUCUGUCAUGUAUUUUAGUUUUUAAUGUUUAAAGUUCUAGAGAGAAAAAAGGAAAUAGAUGUAUGAAAACAUUCCUUAUUUAGGAAAGACUGGCUGCUGUAAAAAAAAAAAAAGUGCUGAAUCAAUGAAUAUUUUUAACGCUAAAAUCACGAUGCUUCGAGAUUAACCUAGAAUAAAUACGUGCAACAUGGUUUGGUUCCGAUCAGUUUCCUUUACCGCAGUUCAUUUUAAGUCACUUUCAGCACAAAGGCAAUAUGUUUCAGUGUCGGAGUUUAGGAGUUAGACUGCUGUUCAUUAUUAUUUAUUUCUUUAACAAAAAAGUGAUUUUUUUUUUUCCGUCGCUUCUGUGAAACCGCUCUUACACAUUGUCCAAUAGCACGUAGAUACUGGUUCUCUUAAUUUGGGUAAGAAACAUCAGUCUAACAUUAUACUAUAGUCUUAAUAUGCAGAUCUAAUGGCAGGUGUCCAUGCAUCCAGAAAACGUUCAAGGUCCCCACAGUCUCCCCCACAGGAGUUUGAAUUAAUAAACUUUGCUAAAUGCA